GGGCCCGGGUCGUCCCGCAGCGGCUCUCUCCGCCGCCGGAGCUACGCCCGGACCCUUCGAGUGGGAUCCGAAGUUUGGAUGGUCUGGAGCACUUGAUACCUUCUGGCUCUCUUCGUAAAAAGAAACUGGCAAAAAGACCUGGAUACAUGAGGCCAGAGGCUCAGCGACAGCUCCAAUUUCAGUCCCUGGGUGCCUGCAAGUCCUUCAGUCCAGAGGAGUUCAAGCAUGACAAGAGGCACUGUGAAGAGCUGGAGGACUUCUCUCUCUGCAGAGAACAGAAAAAUAACGUUGAGUUCUUACGCUGUAGUUCAAUUGCAAGUAGUGCUGUAGUUCUUGCUGAUGGGGUAACAGCAUUGGGCACUACUAUAAAUAUGCCAGGAAGUUGCAAAAAUUUCUCAUGUUCCAAGAAUCCAUGGUCAGAAAACAUAGCAUCGAUUUACCCUGCUGAAACAACAAGCAAAGGUGUUUCUGUAGUAAGUGGUACACAGCGGAUGAACUGUGGAACUGAAGUGAGUGAGCCCCUAAAGAUGCAUGCCUUGGAUCAGGCAGAAGUGAAUAAUAACUGUGAAUAUCAAAACAGGGAAGUUGUUUCUUGUUCUGGUGGUCCACGUGAUAGUUUUCGUUCGAGUUUCAGCUUCAUACAGCUCUCUCUGAAUUCAGCCUCUGGAGUAAGUGAUGCUGAACUCAAGACAGGUGUUCUGCAUCCCAGCAGUGCCAGAGAUCUGCAGGAGCCAGGAGAGGCAACAAAAACUCAGGAGCACUCAGGGGCUUUGUGUUGCUUCUCUAGGCUCAGUGAGGAUUUGAAAUCUGAAAAUGAGAACACAGCAAAUGAUAAACUUCAGGAUUGUGAGACCUUCUCUCUCUCUGAUACGGACGCAACACUGUCAUAUUCUACAGAUUCCUCAGAUGUGGCAUCUGCUGGCUCCUCUGCUACCUCAGGCUAUGAAAGUAGUUUUACUGUCAGUGACCAAAACUGGGAUACUUUGAUAAAAAGGUAUGAACCAGCACUACUGGACUGUCAGCUUGGCAACUGGAGUACAAUAAAGGUAAAAUCCAUGAUAUUACGGAUUCAGAGGCUUCAGCAGAAAGCAAUAGAAGCAGAUGAUUAUGAUAGAGCUGAGAAAUAUAGACGGAAAUUGGAAGAACUGGAGAAAGAAAAACAUUCUUUAAAAUUUCAACUUCCUUCUAGACAUCCUUCAAUUAGCAGUUUUUUGGAUAGGUUUGUCACCCAAAUUCAAGCAGUAUUGUGCUGGGCUGCUGAUGGGCACGGAAAUGAAGAAACCCAACUUUGGCACGAAAACAGACAUAAACUGUUGAGAUCCACUUACCAGGAGAGGAUACAGGUUUUGGCCAUGAAACGAAAUGACCUUUUGCAAGAAAAGAAAUGUUUACAGAAAGAAAUUGAAGACCUCCGAGUGAGACUGUCUGUGUUAGAAGAAAAAGAUCAACAGCUACAGAGAGAAAUUGAAGAACAAGAUAGACUUAUUCAGCCACAGGACUGUGAACUGACUACUUUACUUGGCUGUGUCUCUUUGAGAGAGCUACAGGAAAUAAGCAAGGCUGUGGAUGACACUUUAGCAUCCUCCUAUCAAAUUCCAUUCAGUUUGGAUCUACCAGGGACAAUAAAGAGCCUUCAGGAAAAAGAGCAGUCGCUCAGCGUGUCCAUUAAAGAAACUACUGCCAAAGUUUGCACGAGUCAGAAGCUCUGCAGUACUUUAAGGAAGAAAGUGAAUGAUAUUGAGACACAACUACCAGCUCUACUUGAGGCCAAAAUGCUGGCUGUAUCGGGAAGUAAUUUUGGUACUGCUAAGGAUCUGACAGAAGAAAUAAGAUCAUUAACAUCUGAGAAGAAAGAACUGGAAGGACUUCUCAGUGAGCUUCUAGUUUUGAGUGCCCGAAACAUCCGGAAACUAGAGAGAAUUAAAGAUGAUUACAACAAACUGAAGCAAGAGCUUGAACAUGGAGAGACUGCCUUUACGACCAGCAUAAAGGAAAAUGCUGAAAAGUACAUGGAGAUGCUGGAAGACAAACUACAUAGCUGUGGGAGCCAGCUGCUUCAGAGAGUGUGGGAAGCUGACUUGGAGGCCUGUCAGCUGUUGAUCCGAGGGUUUCAACUGAAAGAAACCAGUUGCUGUGGCUUUGAGGAAGCGGAGAACCAAAUGGAUGAGCUGGAGAUGACUGCUAGUGGCCCUUCUAAUUCUGAAAAGAGGAAAGAAGAUCACUUUCCAAAGGGCACAGAGUGGAACGUUUCCUGUCCCGGGCACAGUAAGCUGAAACAGGUUGUUGAAGACAUUUCAUUUGGAGCAGAGGGUCAUUUAUCUGAGGAGUUCUUCAUAUUUUCUGCAGAGCUGGGGGAGAAAUGUGAAGCAAUAAGUGAGAAACUAGUGCAUCUGGAAGACCAACUGCAAUCUUCAGUCUACAGAGUUGAUGAAGGUUCCUGGCUGUUACAGCAGGAGCCAGGACCCGGCAAAGAACGAUGCCAUUCCUUGUACUGAAGGCUUCUGGGACACUGUACACCAGUGGUUGCAGAGCUGGACUGGUGAAUCCGAAGAUCUGAAGUGAACCCAGGUGCAAGCAGCACCUGGUUCCAUCCAUGGGAGGUUUCCAUCUCCCAUCCUUACUGGCUGCUCUGGGAGUUGUUACACUGUGUUUUAUCAAAGCUGAAACAGAUGCUAUCAGUCCACCAUAAGAUUUCAGGUCCUCUGCAGUUUGAUUUUUUUUCC